AUGCAAAAAAUUGGUGAAGGUAUCUUAACUGUACUUAAACUUUCUAUUAAUCCCUUUAAAUUUAUAGGAACAAAGUGUAAAAAAAUUCAUUUUGCAUUUAAAGGGUUUUUUGAUCUAAUUGAAAAUCAUCAAAUUGAAUUAAAUUAUAGUCCAAAUGAACGAGUGACUGGAUUUACUAAUCUUCUCAUUGCAUGUCUUUGUAUUCUUUCUUUUAUAGUAGUAAUAUUUUCAAAAACACGUGGUUCACAUAAUUUAAUUAAUAAAAUAUGGAUGAUGUGUUUUGAUAUAACACUUUCUAUUGGAGCGACAUUAGGAUUUAUUGUUCAUGGAUUAAAAAUACCAGGUGGAAUUAUUGGAGGACUUUGGUAUUGUCUUUAUCUUUUUUUAUUAGUAGCUUUAAUGUUUAGAUUUUUUCAAGCAUUUUGGGAUUGUAAUAAAAAGACAUGUCUUUGGAUGACUCCUUUUUUAAUUAUUUUAGCUUAUAUUCAUCUUAUUGCUUGUUGGAAAUAUGAUACAUUUCUUUAUAUUGGAUCAUAUGCUAUUCUCUUUGGUUUUAUUAUGGGAAUUACUCAACUUGUUUUUAUAUUUACUCGUAAUUCAGGAUAUGUUCUUCAUCUUAUUGCUGAUUUUGUAGCACUUGGAGCUUUUAUAUUUGAAGCUACUAAUUUUCGGUUUGAAGAUUGGGACCAAAAUGGGUUUUUCCAUUUAGGAAUUUGUCUUUAUGUGUUAAUGAGUACAUUUGCAUUUGUUGCUUCACUUCCACCAAUUGUUGAUCGUAAAGAAAGGGAAUUAGAACUUAAAGAAAUUAAAGGGAUAGAAGAUUCAUUUGAAUAUCAAAAACUUCCAGAAAGUGUUGAUACAGUUAAUUAA